AUGCCUCUCUCUCAAGAGAUGACGAGUAGGAAACCUCCUGGUCUUCGGUUAUUUGGAGGUGCCAGUUCGCUCAGAACGUACCAGACACUAGUCCUGGUCCUUACAUUUUUUGCAUACACAUGCUUUCAUAUGACUCGGAAGAUCACAAGCAUCGUCAAGAGCGCUCUUGAUCCUCAGACCAAGGUGGGAUUCUCCCACUGGGGACGACUGCACAUGAGCAAGAGCAACGCUCUUAACAUUGGCUGGUUGCCAUUUAACACUGUUGAUGGUUCAGCAUUACUUGGUGAGAUAGAUGUUGCGUUCCUCGCUGUAUAUUCUAUUGGGAUGUUCUUUGCUGGACAUAUUGGGGAUCGCAUGGAUUUAAGGAUCUUUCUGACAAUUGGCAUGAUUGGCACUGCUGUAUUCACAACUCUCUUUGGUGCUGGAUAUUGGCUGAAUGUCCACAGCUUCUACUAUUUCUUGGUUAUUCAGAUGCUUUCUGGUCUGUUUCAAUCAAUUGGGUGGCCUUCAGUUGUUGCAGUUGUUGGUAACUGGUUUGGGAAGAGCAAGAGGGGGUUAAUCAUGGGCAUAUGGAAUGCACACACUUCUAUUGGGAACAUAGCUGGCUCACUGCUUGCUGCAUUCCUCUUGAAGUUUGGGUGGGGUUGGUCAUUUGCCAUCCCCAGCCUUAUCAUGGCUCUUGUUGGCUUGAUGGUGUAUAUUUUCUUGCCGGUUAAUCCUGAGCUAAUGGAGAUAGAUAUUGACAGUGGUGAAUUUAACUGUGAGAAGGACACUGUGAAGGAGCCCCUUUUGGAACCAGACCAAGAAGUGAAACAUAAGGCUGUGGGUUUCUUAGAGGCAUGGAGGAUUCCUGGAGUUGCGCCAUUUGCUCUUUGCCUCUUCUUCUCCAAAUUGGUUGCAUAUACCUUCCUGUAUUGGCUACCGUUCUACAUCAGCCAUACACGUAUUGGUGGUCAGUACCUCUCUGAUGCUAUGGCUGGCAGCUUAUCAACAAUCUUUGAUGUUGGUGGUGUGUUGGGAGGAGUGCUUGCCGGUCACAUCUCUGAUCGUUUAAAUGCACGAGCAGUCACAGCUGCUAGCUUCAUGUACUGUGCGAUACCUGCCCUCUUCCUGUACCGCACAUAUGGAAGCAUGUCGAUAAUGUGGAAUAUCUCCCUCAUGUUCAUCACUGGAAUGUUUGUGAAUGGGCCUUAUGCCCUGAUCACAACUGCAGUGUCAGCUGACCUUGGCACCCACAGCUCUUUGAAUGGCAACUCCCGAGCACUGGCCACUGUGACAGCAAUAAUUGAUGGGACAGGGUCUGUCGGAGCUGCCAUUGGACCCUUGCUAACAGGAUACAUCUCAUCGAAGAGCUGGAGUGCUGUCUUCACAAUGUUGAUGGCAGCAGCUCUCCUUGCUGGGCUCCUCUUGACAAAGCUUGUAUGUGCCGAGCUAAAAGGAAAAACACCUUCCGAUGCAAGCACGGACGUUACUGAUGCACAAGGUACCUACUCAGAUGAAGUGUAA